AUGCAGUCUGCAACAAUCUUCUUCAUUCUAGUUGGUCUGUUGGUCAUUUUCCAAGAAACAGAAUGCGGUACCGCGGGGAAAACUCUCAUAGCAGCCAUUAAGGCCAAGAAGGAAGCUGAUUCGACCAAGAAUCCCGGUCUACUUCAUCCUAAGGAAUUAGCUCCAUCACCACCACCAGGCUGGAGAGCGGCAGUGUGGUAUGCCAGGAAAUAUCUCAAUUCCUUGUGCGCAGUCAAUACUUACCUUGCCUACCUACCAUUUUUAAAUUGGCUGUGA